AUGAGACUCUCUAAGCACUUCUAUCUCUUCUUCUUCUUACUAAAAUCGGCUCAAGAUGUUCAGAGCGAAUCUUCUACUUGGUGCGGUAAAGCCUAUCAAACAGAAAACACUGCUAUUCCGCCAAGUGGACAGUUUAAGUAUCCAGAAGCAAAGCCAAUUAAGUCUCUCUAUUUGGACGUGAAGCCUCGAUACACAAUCUUCCUAGAUAGUGACCCGACCAUUGAGCUGCUUAUAGAUGCUUCAUUUUCAAAUUUGUUCGGCACGCCUCUGCCUGAAAAUGCCACAACAAGUUUUGAGACACUUAGUAUUGAUCUCCAAUGCUCUGAAAUGAAUAUGACAUUAAGUCAAAUCAUGGUUACCGUUGGUAAAGAGAUAAACAAGAUAUCUCUCAGUACCGGGUUCCUCCCUGCCCGGUUGCAGCCAUACCUCAUCACCGUUAUUGGGUAUCCACCAAAUUCCGAACAACUGUACAACACGAGUACGGCUGUUUAUGUUCUACCUUCUCGAAAGACCGGAAGUGCUGUAAAGAUUGAUAACCUCUAUGGCGGUAGCUAUGUUCAAAAUUCUGCAAAUAAUUAUACCGGGUGGUACCCCAUAUAUCCAAAUGGAAUGUUCGCCGAUGGCAGUGUAACGAUCCCAUCUUCAGUCGACUAUAGCCAUCUCGAGACUUAUGCUAAACUGGGCUUCAACACAAUCAAUAUUGUCCCCGACGGCGCUACGCCAGAACAGACAUAUGAUCCUGGCGUGCUCACAAAGUAUUGGGACAAGCUGGAUCAGUUGAACAUGUUUAAUAUUUUUAAUCUUCAGUUUGCCUAUCAAAAUAGUUCACGAAUUGAAGCACAAGUCAACAUGUGGAAAGAUCGUAGCUCUCUCUACAGCUAUCACCUUACCGACGAGCCAGAUGGAUGGCAUCAUCCUACCGAAAACACUCGCAAAGCAUAUGAACAAAUAAAAAAGCUUGAUCCUUAUCAUCCUAUACAAAUGGUUAUAAACUGUCAAAACUUUUAUUAUUCUGAGUAUACACAAGGAGCUGACAUCGUGAUUGAAGAUGCAUACCCAAUUGGAAUUGACCCAACCCACUCUAUUAAAUGGAAUACACCUUGUAAUAGUACGUAUGGUGACUGCGGCUGCGAUAAUUGUUUGGGUGGCUUAUCCGAUGUAUCUGAUCGUCUUGAUAUCUUACAAUCCUACCAAAGCAAUCUAGAGCAUGGAGGUAACAAGCCGAUGUGGGCUACUAUCCAGUUAUUCGAAAAGCAAGAUUAUUGGUCAAGACAACCAAGUACAGGUGAAGCUCUCAGUAUGAUGAUGCUUGCAAUCAAUCAUAAUGCAAAAGGGUUAACUUACUGGCUAUACACGACCCCAAACGACCCCGUGAUCGUGGAAGCUGCUACGUUAGGAACACUCUUCCAGAAGCCCAGUAUGCUGAAGUUCCUAUUCCAAACUACGCCAAUAAAAAAUUUAUCGGUAAAGGGACAUCAGGCGUUAGAUUCUACAGCGUGGAUUGUAGAAAACCAGAUGCUCGUUGGAAUAGCAUCUACAUCUUACCACGAUUCUGACGAUAUAGUAACAAUCACACUGCCAUUAACGGCAAAAGAAAUCUCAAUGCAAGCUUACGGAAAUCCUGGAUUCAUAUUGAAUGGAAACCAACUGCAGAAAUCCGGCAUGAAGUCUCUUGAAAUUAAUAUUCUAAUCCUAAAUCUUAGUUGA